UAUAUAUAUAUAUAUAUAUAACCCAAAGUACAGACCUCAAAUCAAAUUGAAAUUGAAUCACUUGUUCAACAUGGCUGGCAGUGGUACCUUUGCAGAGAUCAUCGAUGGUGAUGUCUUCAAGUACUACUCACAAGGCCAGUGGAACAAGUCCUCUUCUGGAAAAUUCGUUCCCAUCAUCAAUCCCACCACUAGGAAGACCCACUUCAAGGUCCAAGCAUGUACCCAGGAAGAGGUUAAUAGGGUCAUGGAAUCAGCAAAAACCGCUCAAAAAUCAUGGGCCAAAACUCCACUGUGGAAAAGAGCAGAGUUGCUUCACAAGGCUGCAGCAAUACUGAAGGAGCAUAAAGCACCUAUUGCUGAGUGCCUUGUUAAGGAGAUUGCAAAGCCAGCUAAGGAUGCUGUCACUGAAGUGGUCAGAUCAGGGGAUUUGGUGUCAUAUUGUGCUGAGGAAGGGGUGCGAAUUCUUGGGGAAGGAAAGUUUCUGGUCUCUGAUAGUUUUCCAGGCAAUGAAAGAACCAAAUACUGUCUCACUUCCAAGAUUCCACUUGGAGUUGUUUUAGCCAUUCCACCUUUCAACUAUCCUGUUAAUCUGGCUGUUUCAAAGAUUGCUCCAGCGCUGAUUGCUGGAAACUCCAUUGUGCUUAAACCCCCAACUCAGGGUGCUGUUGCUGCACUACAUAUGGUGCAUUGCUUUCAUUUGGCUGGUUUCCCUGAAGGUCUUAUUAGCUGUGUCACAGGAAAGGGUUCUGAGAUUGGUGACUUUCUUACAAUGCAUCCGGGGGUGAACUGCAUAAGUUUCACUGGUGGGGACACUGGAAUAGCAAUAUCAAAGAAGGCUGGCAUGAUUCCUCUUCAAAUGGAGCUAGGUGGAAAAGAUGCUUGCAUUGUUCUUGAAGAUGCUGACUUGGAUUUGGCAGCGGCUAAUAUUGUAAAAGGAGGCUUCUCCUACAGUGGUCAAAGAUGCACAGCUGUAAAGGUUGCUUUGGUCAUGGAAUCCGUUGCCAACACUCUUGUUAAGAAAAUCAAUGAUAAAGUUGCAAAGUUAACCGUUGGACCUCCCGAGAAUGACUGCGAUGUCACGCCAGUUGUCACCGAAUCCUCUGCUAACUUCAUUGAAGGGUUGGUAAUGGAUGCUAAGGAGAAAGGAGCAACAUUCUGCCAGGAAUACAAAAGGGACGGAAAUCUCAUAUGGCCGUUGCUGUUGGAUAAUGUUCGCCCUGAUAUGAGGAUAGCAUGGGAGGAGCCAUUUGGACCAGUUUUGCCAGUUAUUAGAAUAAAUACUGUUGAAGAAGGAAUUCACCAUUGUAAUGCUAGCAAUUUUGGCCUUCAGGGAUGUGUCUUCACAAGAGACAUUAACAAAGCAAUGCUGAUAAGUGAUGCAAUGGAGACCGGAACAGUUCAAAUUAAUUCAGCACCAGCUCGUGGACCUGAUCACUUUCCUUUUCAGGGUCUGAAGGAUAGUGGAAUUGGUUCUCAAGGAAUCACCAACAGCAUUGACAUGAUGACAAAGGUUAAGACUACAGUAAUCAACUUGCCAGCACCUUCUUACACAAUGGGAUGAGAUGCAUAACAAAUUAUCUAGUUAGUGGUAGUAGUCAGCAUAUAAAGGAGAUGUUUCCAACCUCCCACGUUUCAGCUUAGCCUUGUAGAGAUGAGUGAGGGACAGUAGUAUUGUGUGUUUCAUUGGAGAACAGGGUAUAACAAUUUGUAUAAGUAGGAUAUGAAUCUUGAAUAAAUUAUGGUUCUCCAACUCUACUUGAACUUAUGGUUGUAUCAUGCAUCGAUCGGAUCCAUAGUGUGAUAAUCCUUCAGAUAUAGAUAUGCUAUAAAUCAACUAAGUACAAGUAGAAAUGU